CUGCUGUAUCUCAGUCUUUCAACAACACUUGUCGUGGAAACACCUUUUGAAGAUUGUAUUGCCCUGUCUUGUUCGCGCGUACACACGCCGCCCCCCUUAAAUCAAAACAGUGACAAUCGAGCCUCGGACAAAUUUCGAACUCUCGCACUCGUUCAUUCAAUCGAUCAUUUUGGUUCGUUUUUUAUGUUCUUUCACAAAUCCCCACCGCCAAACGACUAAAGAAGGGAUACACGGUUUUAGUGCCAAAGAAAACAGCCAUCCGGAACAGAACAGUUGUUUUCCGUUGACUUUCGUUUGAACAGUUGAACAAAAAAGUGAUGAUAAUUGUGCGCUGGUGGUGGAUGGUAGAACCAGUGUGAAGUGGAACCCGUUGAUCCCGUCCCGAUCCCGGUUCAAGUGAAGGUUAAGAUUCGAAGCUGAUUUUGAAGGCUGGUUUUCCGCAGACUUUCGAGGGGAUCAAGUUUCGGCAAGUGUGCAUAUGUUGGCAGAGAUUGAAGCGGAGCGUUAAGCAGUGAGUGUUUUUCGGAAAGCUAGGUCCUUCAUGUGGAAUAAUUCUGAAAGUGGCAGUAGCUGAGUUUUCCGAAAGAAAAAGAUAAAAAGAUAAAAAUCUCCAGAGUAACCCUAAUGAUAUAAUUGAUCAAAGUACGACAUUGUUUUUCGGUUGGCUAAAUUACGAAGAUAGUUAAUUGUGCUCGACGAACAAAUUGAAACGCCUGAAAAAUUUCGAAAAUACAAAAAAAGUGUGCAAUUAUUUCGACGCGAAAAAACAGUCAAACGGACACCAAAAUUUAUGAAAAACAAAACUUUAGCAACAAUUUAACAACGAUCAAUUGUUAGCAGCAGCCUCGCGCAAGUUACAAGAAACUGUACAAUUGUGGUGAACUGAACCGAAAGAGCUCUAAGCUAGGCUUAGUUCCCCCGCGACCAUCUGUUGCUCUCCGUUCCGCAUCUUCGCCCUCACGUGUGCUGCCUUUUUCUGUGAGGGGAGAGAAGUGUAAUUGUGAAAGUACCCCCUAAACCGAGCAUCGCAACGGAGUUGUGCACCACGCGAAAGACUUUGAUGAGUGUUGAAACGGAGGAAAAGGAAAAGUAACCAAUAGGCAACUGGUGAAUGAAUUCGAGCUCGAAGAAAGCAGAGGAAAACGGAAAACAGCAGUGCCCAAAGUUGCGAAGCGAAUUUAAUGUACAUGGAAAACGCAUAUAACAGUAUAUCGGAAAAAAUAGUUUCGUGUGCGGGGAGCUACUAAAUCGAAAAAUUUGUAAACCCGAGAGUGAUAAUCGUCGGCUGUGCAGAAAGUAAUUAUUUUUUACAUCGCUGUAAAUAGAUAGUAGAGGUUUUGGAGCAAAAGGAAAAAAAGGUUGUUGGAUACUUAACGUUGAAGGAUUUUUCACCAAAAGUAUACAAAGACACACCCACACACAAAUAAAAGCCAUAUUAGAUAGCUAAAUACGUACCGUAAUAGCGUUCAAAUAGAGUAUAUUAUAAUUGUACGUCGAUCAACGCGAGAGGUAUUCGAUCGGAAAGGAUCGUCGUAAGCAGCAGCAUGUCUUCAAUGAGUGCCUCUAAUGGUGAAUCUACACCACUGCCAGCUGCUACGGAGGUGGCGCCAGCAGCAGCAGCCCCAGCUCCAGCCCCAGCCCCAGUCUCAGCUUCAGUCUCGGCCACUGCCCCGGAGCCGUCAAGCGUGGCGAAUGGUAAUAGCAAUGUAAGAAUCGUUGAAAAGGUGGAAACCGCCACAAUGACUGAUACACUUCCCAUAGAAAAAGAAGAAAGUGAAAGUGGUGUACAGAGCAGUAAAGUGAUCGCGAGCGGAUGUGAGGUGAAAAGUUGUAGCACAGGGCAGCCACAACAACCACCGUCCGAAAUCGAAGUCCAGAGUGUGCCAACAGCCCUGCUGGUGGGGAAGAGUGAGGUGAUCAUCAAAGAGGUGGUCCAGGAGAUGCAAACACUAGAACUGGACGAUUCCGAAGCGCCCGACACGCUCUCACCAUUGAUGACCGAUAAUCACACGUAUUUGCAGCAUCAGGAACUGAUAAGGGAAGAUGGUGAAUCCAGUCCUCAGCAUCAUUUCCAUCAUCAUCACCACCACCAUGGCCACGAUGAGAUUCACGAUUACGAUCUGGAUGACGAUGAGGAAGAGGACGACGAUCUGUAUAUGGAGGAUGAUGAUCAUUUGAACACCCAUCAGGUGGCUCCUGUGGCCAAUAUGAAGCAUUCGGACACGAAAGACUCGAUCAGUUCGAUCGAUAGUGAUGUUUCGCUGUCGUACGACAGGAGAAGCUCGGCCGAGAUGCGGCAUGCCCCGGAGGACGCCGGAACUGGUUCGUCCGAUGAGAACGCCAAGGACUCGGGCUGCGAAAACGCAAAGAAACAAGAUGAAACCACCAGCGCCGAAGAGGAUGCAUUCGAGAUUCCCGAUGAUGAUAUGUGCGAAAAGAUAAUCGAACAGGUAGAGUUCUAUUUCUCGAACGAUAACAUUCUGAAGGACGCCUUUUUGUUGAAACAUGUGCGCCGCAAUAAGGAGGGUUUCGUCAGUUUGAAGCUGGUCUCGAGCUUCAAGCGGGUUCGUCAAUUGACGAAGGAUUGGCGUGUUGUUGGGUACGCCAUCAAGCGCAAGAGCGUCAAGAUCGAGCUGAACGAUCUGGGAACGAAGAUUCGCCGCCUAGAGUCACUGCCAGUGUACGACGAGACAACUCCUUCCCGCACGGUGGUCGCUACCGGGUUGCCAUACGACAAAUACACCGUCGAAAAGGUGUCCGAACUUUUCUCGAAAUGCGGCGAGAUUUCACUGAUUCGUGUCCUCCGACCUGGCGGACCCAUUCCGGCGGAUGUCCGCCAGUUCAUCAACAAACAUCCCGAACUGCAGCAGAACGAGUGCGCACUGAUCGAGUUCACCGAGUCGGUGUCGGCUCGUCGCGCCCAGAACAUGGAGGAGUUCAUUGUACUGGAACUGAUCGCACCGAAAAAGAAGACUGGCAAAAAGGCCAACGUAACCAAGUUCGUGGAAAAUUACAAAUUCGUCGCUGCCCACGAUAUCGAGCGCAGCCGGGGCGGUGAGGCGUUCGAUCGUUUCAAGAUGCGACGUGGAUCGGGUUUCUAUCCAAAGCACGAAAUGCAGCAUGUGUAUCAACAAAUGGUCGCACAACCGCAACAGCUACCGCAGCAAGAGCAGCCAACCAUGCAGUCGAUCAUACCGCUGCAACCCCAGCACCAGUCCCAGCUGCAGCAGCAGGCCCCCGUGUUCAUACCGCAGCAGAGAAAGUAUUCGUACGGAAAUGAAAACUUUGAUUACUUCAAUCGGCGACCGAGCUCUUUUUCGAUGGGCGGCAGCGAUCCUUCCCGCAAGUUCUCCAACUGCUCGGAUGGGUACUCCAGCUGUGGCGAAAUGUCCCGACGCACGUCGCAGUGCUCAUCCGCGGCCGACAGUAUGUCCCGCCGGGCCUCCAAUUGCUCCGAAGUGCAAUCCAGGCGGUCAUCCAACUGCUCGGAGUUCUGCUCGUGCUCACGAAGAGUCUCCCAAUGUUCGGACGUCUACCGCCGAAUGUCCCAAUGCUCGGAGCACAGCAACCGCAAGUUCUCGGUCGGAUCGAGCUACGAUCGCAAAUUUACCAAUUCACCGGAAAUGGGCAUGCCCCAGCGCCGGAUCUCGAUGGACUCGAACUACGAGCGCAAGUUCUCCGCCGGAUCGAUCGGUUUCGAGAGUCCAAACAUUUCCCCCCGGAAGUAUUCCAACGGGUUCGAUCCACUGCGGAAGCUGUCCAGCAACUCGGAGUACUACAACGGUCGUCGCAUUUCCGCCGACUCGGGCUACGAUCGGCGUAUUUCGAUUGGCUCCGAGUGCUCAACCGGUGGUCCUCGAUCGCGCUCGGGUAGCGCCGUCCAGAUGCAGUGUCUACAGCACGGUCAGCAAGGCAGCGAGACGGUGCGUACCCCCAUCGGACCGGACGGAAGCAAGGGCUUCGGAUCCAGAACCAGACGGAUCGGGCAGAUUGUGCCGCCCGCCUAAGGUGAGCAGCCGCAGAACGUUAGGCCUACCCCAUUUUUUGCUUCUUAUUUAAGUAUUGCGUAUAUAGUAUUUUUUAUGAAUUAUUGUACAGAGUGAAUUCGGGUUGCAUGUGUGUGAUUGUGAAUGCGAGAGUGCGUGCUAUGAGAUCGUUUCGACUCUCCCGAAACGCAGGGCCCCCCAAACCCUUUCACUGUUCCAGCUUUCCCACGCACACACAAGAUCACUCGGGAUGCAUGCGAAGCCGGCAUUGUGAUGUGAUUGAUGCGAGCAACAGAGAUUACAACAAAUCGCAGGUGCAAUUAAUGCGCGUGGGAGAAGUGGUGAAGAGCGCGCGGUGAGGAUCGCGAAUAAUUGCGCAAGUCAGACGACGACGAGAGCGCCGCGCCGCGCAGCGAGUUGUCCCCGGUCAGGUCUGCAGAUAAAAACGUGCCUCAUGCCCCAAAGAGAGCGGCGGUGUGGAGGUAGACAGCAUGGCGUAGCACACGUGAGCGAAAUUUGAACGCAUGUGAGAGAGAGUGAGAGCGCGAGUGCGCGCCAGUGUGAUCGAGGGACUGAGACAGAAAAAGAAUGAUUAAACGACCUGGCUGGGUGAUCGCGCAGACAGUAAACGAGUUUUCCGUGCUUGUUGUUGUUGUUGGCGUUCGUUGUUCGACGAAUGGAAUGAUGAAUGGAUGCCCGUUCGUCGCAUGUGUUCCGAUCGUUGGCUUCGUAAAGAUCUGCAUACACCCGAUCGUUUGGUGAGUAAGUCUCUGGGAACGGGGCGCUGGGUUGAGAGGAUCUUGCGAUCUGUAGGAAUGUGUGCGAAGAAUUCUUGUCGAGUGAAAGAGCGCGUCGCUCGUAUAGUCGUGACGAGAAUCUUGAAAGAUUUCUAUUUUUAUUUAGGUUAGGAUUACUCUUUUUUUUUGUUUAGUUAUAUUUCCUCUGUUACUAUUAUCGUCGACCUUGUAUCUCGUGACGUUGUUUGGUUAUUGUUUAUUCGUAUUUAUUCUUAGUGUUUUGUUCGCGCAUUAAAGAUGAACAAGAGUCGAGGGCUAAGCUUAAGUUAGGUUUCCUUAUACGUCUGUAUAUUAUAAAUAUUAUCGCCGCUAGGCUGUUGCACUGUCGUUUGUUGAUCGAACGUUCACUUCCAAAGGAUAAUCAAAGCGACGACCGAGGCGAAGCGCGUUGUCUUUGUUGCGUUCAAGAUAGGACCUCCAAAUGAGAAGCUGUUAAAGAAUGAUGUAGGACAAGCGGAGAGUUCAGAGUUCAAAUGUACCAUGCUCGAAAGUGGAAAUACAUUAUAUCGCACAUUUAGUGAAGAGAAAAAAAUCAUAAUAAGUAGGUUAGGAAAGUAGUAUCAAUUAUUAUCUAUUUUUUCGUGGAAGUACGGUUUUUAUUUAUUGCUGCCUUACUUCUACUUGUUUUGUGAGUGUUUGUGUUUGCUGCACGUAUUUUAAACUCUCGUUUUAUAGUUACAUUUUGCUUGGAACUCUCCACUAAUAACCGAACAAAAAAAAUUAACAUGAUAGAAUGGAUUGAAAAAAAUUAUUGAAGACUCAGAAGAUGUCGUAUAGAAUCGCGUUGGCACGAAACGACCUUGACCUGUUUUUCCCUUUGGCAUGUGGGUUGGAGAAUAUCCAUUUCAGGCCAUUUAGCGCAUUCGUUUGACACAUUGAACAAUAUAACAAUUUAUAAUUUCAAGACUAGCUGAAAUACGAUGGCUAAAAUUGUUGGCCCAAUAAAGGCGAAUAAGCUGCAAAGUUGAAAGCCUCCUCAAUAUAAACGAAGAAGUUAAACAAAAAAUCAACUGUGCGUGGCAAAUUCCUUUGGAAUGGAUUGAUGUAGAAAAAAAAGGAUCAUCCCUUUCGCAUCAAUCAACUAAGGCUGCAUUUCUCGGUACCCAAAAAUGGUGUAUAUGACGAAUUUUUUAUGGUAAAAACUACCAAUAAUUAGUCAUUUUUACCGGACAAAUUAUUCGUACAUACAAUACGAUAAAAAUUGUAAACAAAGAUUAAUCGAGCAGCAUGAACCAUCAGUUCAACGUUGGUUUAACAUAUACCCAAAACAUGUUUGAAAAUGAUUGAAAAUAAUAAUAACAAAUACCGUGCACCAAUCGUAGGUAAGAAUGUUUAUUGCAUCUGACAUCUCUGAUUCAUUUUACAUACGGUUGGUAAUAUGUAUAUAAUUUUCGUAAGAGUCAGCUUUACCGAGCCACAAAAUAAAAAGUAAUGAAAACAACUCAUUUAUAGAUUCAUUGUUCUUUGCUAGAAUAUUGCUUCCGCAAUAGUGGACUAAACGCCAAUCUAAACACAAGAAACGGGAAACUGAAUGAGGAAAACGACAACCUGAAUUCCAGCAUGUAUGAAAAGUGUAUCCAUCCCCGAUUGAUAGGCACAUUUACCUUAUAUUCGCGUUGACGGCAUUGAGCUUCGUUUCACGAGUUCGGGGAGCGUCAAUGAUAACAAUUGAUUUACAGGCGGAAAGAACACGCUUUUAAAAUCAAAAUUAUGAAUGAAAAUUGAUUAUUUAUCAACUUAGUACUAUGUAAAUGAAAAACACUUUGCAAGGUGGUUAGAAAAAUCUCAUACGAAAAUUGUGUCUGAAGCCAAUUUUAUAUUAUAAUGAAGAGUCUCAGUAAAAAUGUCGGAAGUAUAUAUUAAAUAACAUUAUGUGAAACUGCGUCUUUGAAUCAUUAAGCACUGUGAACACUGAGACAAAUGUAAUAAUUUUCGAUGCAAGUAUCGCGGAAGGUUAUAACACACUUCAAAUAAGUUUUUUUUUCUGUAUUAUAGUGACUUUCAACACUUUUUGGCUGGUUCGUCCAUUUUUUGGAAGAAUGUCUGGAGUGAGAAUUGAACUCAUGACCCUUAGCGUGAGAGGUAUGGAUGUUACCACUACGCCAGAUCGCCUCCCUUCAAAUAAGUGUAAAUUAUUAUUUAUUGAAAGAGCUUUCAUAAUUUGUUCAACCUGAUGGAUUCUUAAUAUUGUUUAUUUAUAUUUUAUGGAUUGUUUUUUGAUGAAUUUAUCAAUUUUAUGGAUGUUCCCGAACGCUUCCGCGAGUUUUAGAUAUUUUUAUCGAAUCUUUUUUUAACUUUUCAACUGUAGCAGUCAAAUUUACAUAUUUGCGGAGAUAUCCCUUCUGUAGAGUUCAAAAUCUCUCAAUUGAGCGAACUUUUGGACAGGCUGGCUGAUUCAUGUCCCUUGGUGCAAAAGGCACAUUUUCGUAUUUAUACCAAUCCAUGGCCAACUCAGUUUAAUGGCAAGAAUGAAGCUUUGACUGAAAUAUGAUAGGGUCAUCAUGUUGGCGCAUUGGUUAGUGUAAACAUCCGCAUUCAUUGGUCCUCCGAGAAGAACGGAAAUUGGAAAUCUUACAACAGGAGCAAGUUACUUGCAAAACCAUUACUUUACACCAAAUUUGUCAGUAAAAAUGGGUGUGUUUACUCUGUCAACAUCUUCUCCUUGGCGAAGAAUGUAAUAUUGGGAUCCCGGUGAUGAUUUAUACUCCAAUUUCGUGUAUGUCUCGUUAUAAAUUGCAUCAUACAACUUUCGAGACCUUGAUCAUGCCAACAACCUGUUUGAGGGUUCUUCUCGGUUGCUUCUGCUUUUGCUAAAUCCUGAACAUCAUGCUUCCUUUGACAAGAUCAACGUGAAACUUCAACUGCCACUUUUUGGCCAUACACGAACUAAUAACCAUUUUUGCUUAGCAAGUUGCUUGAUUUGGGUGCUCCAGUAAGUCCUCAAAUCGCUUCCUUUUCGCGGUUUUUCGGUUUUUCGCACUCAUUUUGCCACUUGAGUGUAAACAACAGGAUGCACGAGAAACGAUAAAUACAUAGUUGAAAGUGUGUGUGUCACAGUAUUCUCUUGUCUUUAGAUCAAAUAAGAACUAAAAAAUAAAGUAACUUAUUGAAUAAAACGAGAAACUUCACCAUUUCCAAUUACACGCAGCGCAAAGUGAGGGGGAUAACUUUCUGAGUCACUCACACAAAGAUGGUCAGGACCCUGAGUUCUGAAUCCGUGAUUGUUUGCUAUAAGCGAAAACGCUACCAAUCUCGCUGGGUAGUUUUUUUAGGGUUGAUCAUCGAUUAAAUUGUAAUUUGUCGCAUUUCGAAAAGCUUUCGAAACGCACGAAAUGCGAAUGCGGUUCAGGUCCAUUUGCUUCCAGGAUGUAUCAUUAUAUACCUAAAAACCUACCUACUGACGAAAAUGUCAUUGAAUGAAUUACUCUGGAAGCUACCUUACUUUUUAGAUUCCUCUAAUAACAAUUAUAGCGACACCAUUCACCUUCGGGAAUACUGUGAUACGAGCCAUCUCACUUCAUUCGCCGCGCGGAAUAGGGGGAAUGUAAAUAAGCGAACGGAGCCAAAUUUAAUGACAACGUUAUUCCAGUGUAACCAAACCUUCUUGUGCGAUCGAUACGAAGUACUAAAUCUUGCUAUUUGCAUUUCACGAUUACAUUGGUACGAUGUCGACGUCUGGUGACAACCUCCAAUUAAGGACCAUCAUUUGGACCCCAAACUCGUGAAUCGUGUUAUCUUUAUCAGAUUGGAAGACACGAAGUCUAUUUUAAAAUGUUAAAAUUUGAAUGAAAAUGUUUCCAUCAAGUUAAUUAAUUACUUGAAACACGUAUUUCUGACUUUUAUUUAACCAUUUGUCUAUAUAUUUCCAAUAUUGUUUCUGAAACAAUUAAUUAUAAUAUAAAGUUGUCCACAAAAACAGUUUUCGUACGAGAUUUUUUCACUACAAACAAAAAUUGUUUCUCAUUCAAAUAGAAUACUAAGUUGGUAAGGAAAAGUUUUUUUCAUUCAUAAUUUUCAUUUGAAAAAUGUGUUCACUCCGCCUGAAAAUCAAUAAUUUUUUUACGCUCCCAUAAACUAAUUAAACCAAGCUCAAUGCCGUCAACGAGGAUUGCUUAUUGGCUGCAGAGUGUGGAUAAACUUCUUUACACGUUGUUUACAUGUUAUAUUACAUACAUAACAGGGUUACUUUUUAUUAAAAGAGACAGCUCUGACCCGAUAUCAGAGCUGACAAAGUUUGCGAGUUGUUAUAAAUAGAAAAAUCAAAAGCAUGAGAAAAAAAUUAAUCGAUAUUCAGCUUCCAAAAUAUGAAUGAAUGUUUGGCGAGCCAGUGAGCCUAUUAAAGGUAACCACGGUGCCGAUUUUCUAGCAACACUAGCAACGAAAAAGAUCCAGUCCACGAAAGAAAUGGAUCCGCUCCCGCUUCAGUGAGUACGAACAAUUUAUCAUAUGCACAUGAAACCCGUGCAUCGACCAUCGGACGGAACUUUCCAACUGAUUGCGAUCCCCAAAUGGAUACUGCAAUUAAUCCCAUGCUUCCGCCUUCCGACGACGUGAUGCGCAACAGUGCGAUAACCAACCGAUCAUAUAUCAAUUACGACCAAAAUUGACCAAAAUGCACAUGGUCAUUAUGACGUGAUAGAGCGGGGAGAGAAGAGGGUUUUUGAAGGAAAGACACAAAAUAUGGGGUUAUCACGGUUUCUCGAAAAUGGAUUGAAGAAAAAAACUUUCCUCACUUAAGCCGACCCAUUCCACCGCAUCGCGACUUGCGUCACAGCUGAUCGCGCACACAUUUCCCGGUUUGCGGAGUUGCGCGAAGAAAAACCGCUACUUCCACCGGUCCAAAUAUUUUGCCCGCACUCAAAGUGAAAUGGAGAAAAUAAUUGAAAAAUCGGAUGAGAGUGUGUGUGUGUGCCUCGAGAAAGUCGCUAAUUUUUCCUCGAAGCGCAGAGACUCUGCUCGCCUCGCCUCGACCGUCGUAGCAGAGCGACCGUAGCGAGGGUAUGCGCUAUUUUCGCAAGGUUAUCAAGAGUUAAUGAACGGAACGAUGCGAACAAACGAACAACAGUUGUAACAGCAAUAGUUUAACGCUUCAUACACUUCCACGUUGCGAUGCGAUCUAAGUCCGGGGCAAGUUAGGCACGCCUGACUUUGUACCCUCCGGGACAAUUGAUCAUAACCAAGGAAUGUGCGCUCAGUUGUCUGGCGCGUCAGACAAAGGCUUCCCAAUGAUUGACGGGAGUUCUCUGAACACAGUUCGGAUCGAUCCAAAUCGCAACCUGGAAGCGCAGCUGAGCGAAGUUGAACAGGUAGUCUAAGUUUAAUGAUUUUUUUUUAAACAUGACAAACACAGAAGCAUUCUUCUUGGUGUGGUAUACGAUAGCAGCACGCAAAUGAUUAUCGAGAAGAAAAAUCGCUGUUUGGUUUUUUCGCGUUUAUUUACCUUGUGUUAUGAGCAUGAUUUUACAGAGAUACAGUAUCGGUGAGGAACUGAACGGAAAAAACACGGAAUAAAAGUGGCUGCUAUGACAGUUAGUUCGUAAUAGGCUGUAGAAUUAUAACAACGAAAAUAAAAAGAUAUUAAAUUUGUAUAUAGUACUAAAGCUGGUUAUCACAGUUAGUUAUGAACCAAGAUGCUGGGAUGAAUGCAAAAAAAUGAGCUAAAAGUGGAAAACACUCGAAACUAGGCAUAGGAUUGUUUGAUGGGAACACACCGUUGGAAUAAUUAUAUUAAUUAUUACGAAUUGAACAAAGCGCUAAAGAGCUAAAAUCGAUAGAACUUCUGUCUGUUUUUUAUACAUGUGUAGCAAUAACGGCAAAAUCCAAGUUAAAUUCAUUUAGCGAGUAAGCAAAAUCGCUUUGUACUGCUUUUGGUGCUUGAUACAGCCAAAACAGAACGAUCGAAAGAACCAAGAACUGUGAAGUGAGAUAAUAACUAGUAACUAAAACUGUGUACUACUAUUUUUAUACUUAUUACUAUUAUUAAAUGGAGCUACUAGUUAGAAAACUAAA